AUGGAGUCGUUUAGUAGGAAAGAAGUUGAUUGUAUUGCUGGUAAGGAGUGGGAGUUUGUUUUUGAACCUGCUAUUGGGAAUGCAGGUGGCAUUCUUAUCUUGUGGAAAGUUGCUGUUCUCUCCUUUCAGUUGUCUUUUAAAACUCAUCAAUGUAUUAUGGGGAAGGUGAGUGGUUCCAAUGGGUUGUUGUUGGAAGUUGCAGUUGUUUAUGCUAAUAAAGACAGAUAUGUGAGGAGGCAUGUUUGGGAAGAUAUUUCCAAGGCUCAUAAUUUGGAUGCUCCCUUGCUAGUUGGGGGAGAUUUCAAUUGUAUCAUGUCACAAGAAGAAAAGAAGGGAGGUAAGGCUUUUCAUUUCUCUGGUGCUGCUGGGGAUAUGGCUGAUUUUAUGGCAGCAAAUGACUUGGUGGAUCCAGGCUUUUCUGGUCCUGCUUUUACCUGGACUAACAACAAGGAUGCGAGGAGCAUAAUUUUCUCUAGAUUGGAUCGGUUUUUGGUUAGCUCUCCAAUCUUAGAUUCUUUCCAAGGGUUGAAGGCUUGGCAAUUAGUUUGGGAUAAAUGGAGAGUGGAUGAUGCAGGCAAUGAAGCUCUUAAGCUCAGGAAGAAAUGCCAAAGAACUCUCAAGGCUCUCUUCUUCUGGAGUAGGGAUAAAAUUAAGAUGCUAAAUCAAUUGAAGGAGGAUCUGGACAGGGAGAUUAAAUUUUUACAGGACUUGGAAUGUUCACCUGCCGGAUUAACUGAAGUUCAAGCUGAGGCUUUAAGGUAUAAGGUUCAAUUGCUGAACAGUACUCUUGCCCGUAUUAUGUCUUGGUGGAAACAACGAGCAAAAGUAAAAUGGCUUGAGGAAGGUGAUGAGAACACUAGGUUCUUCCAUUCAAUGGCUUCAGCUAGAAAGAGGAGUAAUUUUAUUGAUGUUUUAAAGCAGCCUGAUGGAUCAAUUGUAACAGAACAAAUGCAGAUUUCUGAAAUGAUUCAUUGUUUCUUUGAGAAGAAAUGGUGUGGUAAUGCUAUUGUGGAGGAUGGAUGGCCUUCCCUUGGCUCCCAUUGUGAUAUCUUGGUUGAAGUGGUGGGUUUUCUUGAGAGUACUGUCACUAAAGAGGAGAUAUAG